AUGAAUAGCGACCAAGACAGCUCCAAUUAUGAUCAAGCCCUAACUGAUGCAAACUCAUGAUUCGAACUUCUAAAAGACCUUUAUGCAUGGUUAGAGAUAGAUCCUAAAGACGCAGUCUUCAAAAACGCCAAGAAAAGCAAAACCACCCUUUAUAAUUUAUAUAAAGAAGUAUUAGAACAUGGAGGAUGGAGCAACGCGAUAGGCUCAAAUAGCUGGUCCAGCAUAGACAAAAAGUUAACAAUCACUGAUUCCCGCUCAAUGUACGAAAAUUUUCAUUUAGUAGUAUUAGAAAAGAAGCAUAACCCUUCAACGAGAUAUUCAACAGGGGACAUUUCCUUACUGAAAGAAAUUAUUCCUUCUAACCUAAAAGCAGUCCCAAUUGUCACCCCAUCUCCUGAUGGAGCUUAUGACUGGGAUACAUGGCUGGAAUAUGAUUUACUUAUCCUGAGAAACUAUGUUUAUGAUGUCUGGAAAAUCGACACAAAAUUAAUGAGCAUGAGAUCUUUGGAAGAAGAUCAUAGCGAUUUCCCUGUAGACAUUUUAACUCAGGGCAACAGUGAAUUAGACUUUAAAGUGAAAUCAGCAACAAAAGAAACUGUCCCUAUGAUAGAUUAUUUGAAAAUAAUGAAGCAGGCUUCAGCACAAAAAGAAAUGAAUAAUAAAAUAAAGUUUGCCGUUAAUGUUGAUCUUGGGAGCUGGGAAGAAGAAAUUGAUGAAAUGAGACGAAAGCUGCCUGCAAAGAUUUUAUGGGACUCUAAAUAUGAUUCACUCAAAUACACUCGCCAACAUAUAUUAGGCAUGACCCUUCCUCAGGCUUACUUAAAAAUUAAAGGAUGCUGGACUGGAGGCCACGAAGAAAAUCUACGCUUUUGUGCUGCAAAUAUCAACCAUGGGCCAAGCGAUGUUGAAUGGUGGACUCUCAAAACUUCAGAAAACUUAAAAUUCAGAGAUUGCGUAAUGAGAGACUAUAAUAUUGACAUUUAUAUAACAGAAACUUUGUGGUGGCCUGAUUUAAUAUACUGCCUAUCUAAAGGAUUUACUGUCUAUCAUGUUGUGCAAAAGCCAGGAGACUUAGUUUUAGUUGGUGCAAGCGCAAUUCAUUGGGUGAAAAGUUGCGAUGUUACUGUUAAUACAGCUUGAAAUUUCGGCCCAAAAACACUCAAAAAUUUUCAACUUGCUUUUGAAAGAUAUGAUAUAAAUUUGAAAAUUAAUUACAGAAACCUAGUGCCGAUGCAUAUAUUGGCAUUGGAUUUGCUUAAUCAUGAAAUGUCUACCUUGCCGGCUGACUUACUCUUUUUAUUAACAAUAGCACUAUAAGGCGUAUUCCAUACGAUUUUUAACAAAAAUAGAUAAAAAACUCCAAAUUUUUAAUUCUAAUAUUUUUAUUUUAAAUGGAAAUUAGUGGAAUUUUUAUAUCAAAAAAUCAAUGAAGCAUAUAUAGAAGAUAAAAAAAGCUUGGAGAAGCUUCCAAAAGCUAAUAUAUCAUUAAAUCAAGUUGACAACGCUUUAUGCUGUGAAAGCUGUUACGUUGAGCUUUUUUGGAUUUAUUAUCGCUGCAGCAAAUGCUACAAAAACCGACUUAAGAAUAGAUCAGAUCAAGAGUGUGUCUUUUGCAAAACGUGUGCGUAUAAAAAUCAUAAGCCAAAGUGCAAAUCUACUAUCGAAGUAAUUCAAAAAUUUACAUCAGAUGACUUCAAGAGGUUUCAGGAAAGGGUACAGAAUGUAUUAAAUAAACAAGAAUUCGAAUCUCCGUUACAGCAAGAGUUGCUUUAUCCUUAUGAUAAAUUUACGAUGGAAGGAGUCUAUAAGAGCUCGUUUACUGGAAUAGAAACUGAUGGAAGUUCUGAGGAAAAUGUUAAAAUUCGAGAAGAAACAAAAUCUCCUGUAAAAAAAUCAUUAAAGGCUAGAAAAGGAAAAAAUAAAGCUAUGUCAUACUCUACCAGUGAAAACAAAAGUACGGAAAAAGAAGACUUUGCAUUUCCAGAAAUUAAAAGCGAUAAAGCUAAAAAAUCUAAGAUCAUCUUGCCUCCAAUUGAAAAUAUAAUGAGUGUUGAAGAGAAUAAAGAGGAAAGUGAAAAUGAGAGAAUGGACAUUGAAGAAGAAGAUAAAGCACCAGCAAAAAAGACAAAUAAAUCGAAGCAAAUAAAAGAAGAAGUCUCAAAGAAAAAGGAUAAAUCGCAAGUAUAUAAAACUUCUCUACAAAAAGAUGAGAAACCAAUAGGUAAGAAGAAAGCAAAAGAUGAUAAAUCUAUUGAACCAAAAAAAGAUAGCAUAUCUGAUCAAAAAAAGGCCUCAAAAAUUGGUGAGAAUACUCAGAAAAAAUCUAAGUCUUCUAAGAAAUCUGAGCAAAAUCUAGAAGAGCCUGAAGCAAAACUUCCCAAAUCUUCAUCAAAGAAAGAAAAAGUUGAAAUUACCCAAGAGAAUUCUGAAGAAACAUUAGAGACCCCAAAAGAUCUUAAAGCUAGAAAUUCCUCAGAAAUUGCGGAUGAAGAUAUAAUAGAGUCCAAAGAAAAAAAUUCAAGCAAUCGAAGAAGAUUAAGAACUAGAAAACCUCCCAAAAAAUACAAUCAGACUUCUUUACCUUUACAAGCUUAUCAAAAUUUAGCCCAGAAAAGUAAUAAAUAUAAUGAGGAAGAGAACGAAGCGAAUGAAGAAGAGGAAAUAAAAGAAGAAAAACCUGAAAAAGCGCCUGCAGCAAAACUCAAAUCUAAAGAAAAAGAAAAAUUAAAAGAAGAGAGCGAAGAAGAGGAAGAGGAAAGCGAAGAAGAAACACUUCAAAAAAAGCCUGUUAGAAAGUUCAAGCCCAAAGGAAAGCUAAAAGAGAAAUUAGAGGAAAGGAAAGAAAUUGCAACUCAAGCUUUACCUAAAAAUAUACAAAAAGAUAUAGAAAAGAAAGAGGUAGAAGAGGAAGUAAAAGAAAAAUUGCCAGAAAAACGUCAAAGAAAUGAGGAAAAGUCUAAAAUAGGGAAAAAAGAGAAGAAAAUGAAAAUCAAUGAAAUUAUUAAGGCAGAAAGCAAUAAAAAAGAUCAUGAGAAACGUAAUAAAAAAGACAAUGAAGAGCAUCCAGAAAGACCUAUUGAAGGGCACGGUCAUAAUAAAGAAAACACUGCAAAAACUGAACAUUCUGAUAAGACUGACUCUGCAAAAAGUGGUCUUCCUUUGAAAAAGCAAAAAUUAGAAGAUACCAAAGAGCCAAAACUAAACCAAGAAAUAUCCCAACCUCUGCCUAUAACUUCAAAUGCAAUGGAUAUUGACCAAGCCUCACCUUCACAGCCUCUUCCCAAAUCAAUUUCUGAAAUAUUCCCGAAGAUUCCUCAAAAAUUUGAUAUUAUUCCUAAAAAGCCAAAAAUUAUCUAA